GCCUGACAGGAUAAAUCCAGCUUCUCUCUCAUUCCAUCAUCUUUCUCUCCAGCCCUCUCACACACACACACACACACACACACACAGGUGCUGCUGUCCGGCAACCCUCUCUCUCACAUUCGUAUAGCACAAUCACAUCGCAGAAUCAUAGUUGAUCCACUUUUCUGGUGCUAAGGAACUUGACAUUUUGCCUUCAUGGAGGAUUACCACAAACCUGACCAGCAGACAGUGCAGGCGCUGAGGAACAUCGCCAACCGCCUCCGAAUCAACUCCAUCAAGGCGACGACUGCAGCAGGCAGCGGACACCCCACAUCAUGCUGCAGUGUGGCAGAAAUCAUGUCUGUGCUGUACUUCCACACCAUGAAGUACCGCCCUGAAGACCCGAGGAACUUCAACAGUGACCGCUUCAUCCUGUCCAAGGGCCACGCUGCUCCGGCCCUGUACUCCAUGUGGGUUGAAACAGGUUUCCUGAAGGAGAACGAGCUGCUCAGCUUGUGCCAGGUUGACUCUGCGCUGGAGGGCCACCCGAACCCCAAGCAGCAAAUUGUGGACGUAGCCACUGGCUCCUUGGGGCAGGGCCUCGGUGUGGCCUGUGGAAUGGCUUACACUGGGAAAUACUUUGACAAGUCCAGUUAUCGUGUUUACUGCCUGCUGGGGGAUGGCGAGAUGUCAGAGGGUGCGGUCUGGGAGGCCAUGUCGUUCGCCUCUUACUACCAGCUUGACAACCUGGUGGCCAUCAUGGACAUCAACCGCCUGGGCCAAAGUGACCCUGCGCCCCUGCAGCAUCAUGUGGAGAAAUAUCAGAAACGCUGUGAAGCUUUCGGCUGGCAAGCCAUCAUUGUGGAUGGACACAGUGUGGAGGAGCUUUGCAAGGCUCUGAGUCAACCACGUCAUCAGCCCACCGCCAUUAUCGCUAAAACCAUCAAGGGCAAAGGCAUUCCAGCUGCAGAGGAUAAGCUUGGGUGGCACGCCAAAACGCUGCCCAAAGACAUGGCAGAGAUGGUCAUGAAGGAUCUGCAGAGCCGCAUCAUGAACAGCAGCAAGCACCUGUACCCUCCCGCUCCCGUGGAGGACUCCCCCCCAGUCAGCCUGAGGAACAUCAGGAUGCCGAGCGCCCCCAGCUACAAGACUGGUGAAAAGAUUGCCACACGGAAGGCAUAUGGGAUGGCGUUGGCUAAAUUGGGGCGCUACAAUGAACGUGUUAUCGCCCUUGAUGGAGACACUAACAACCUCACCUACUCAGAGAUCUUUAAGAACGAGCAUCCCAACCGCUUCGUGGAGUGCUACAUCGCUCAGCAGAACAUGGUCAGCGUGGCGGUGGGUUGCGCUGCCCGUGAGAGGAACGUUGUGUUUGCAAGCACUCUUGCUUCCUUUUUCACCCGCGCCUACGACCAGCUCCGCAUGGCGGCCAUCUCGGACAGCAACAUCAAUCUGUGUGGCUCCCACUGCGGCCUGUCCACUGGAGAAGAAGGUCCCUCUCUGAUGGGUCUAGAGGACGUGGCUAUGUUCAGGGCACUUCCCACUGCCACCAUUUUCUACCCCUGUGACGGCGUGUCUACAGAGAAGGCCGUGGAACUGGCUGCUUCCACAAAGGGAGUUUGCUACAUCCGAACCAGCCGCCAAGACUGCUCCAUCAUCUAUAACAGCAAUGAGGACUUCCACGUCGGACAGGCUAAGGUGGUGUACCAGAGCAAAGAGGACCAGGUGACCAUUGUGGCAGCUGGAGUGACUUUGCAUGAAGCCCUGGCUGCAGCUGAACACUUAAAGAAAGAGAGGAUCUCCGUCAGGGUCAUUGACCCAUUCACAAUCAAACCACUGGAUGUCAAAACUAUCAUCGACCACACGCGUGCCACCAGGGGACGGAUCCUCACUGUGGAGGACCACUACUAUGAAGGUGGACUUGGGGAGGCCGUGUCCUCAGCAAUGGUCAAUGAGUCCGGCUUCAAUUUGCACCGCCUGGCUGUGUCCCACGUCCCCCGCAGUGGCAAACCACAUGAGCUGCUCAAGAUCUACGGCAUCGACCGCGAUUCCAUCACGCAGGCCGUCCGCAAGAUGCUCAGCAGCUCCACCAACGCCAAGUAACUUCAUCGCUGCCCCACCCACCUUUUUCAUUACACCCCUGCAGAUAAACACGUCAUGUAUGUUUUUGAUUGACAUGACACCCAGCUCUGCACACUCCUUCACUGUGAAUGCCCCCGAGUGUGUCGUGAAGUAAUGUGAUUUUGUGCUGUACACUAGUAGUUCCACAUUUACCUCGCUUUCACGCAUCCGUCACAUCCCACACUCAUGAACGGAGACAAACCAAUGUCCUCGCCCCUAAACUCAAUGUCAUGAACCAGUUCAGUCAUCGAAAUGUGGCCAUAACGGACUUUGUUGUUAGUGGAUGUUCAACCUAUGAAACAAAACAUUGUUACGUGUUCAACAUUUGUACUGUGUGAUGCUCUCAUGUGUUUUUUAAUGCUCGUUGAUUAAUUCAACUCAAAAGGGUUUUAUAUUGUUCUGAUGUAGCUCUUGGGUGGGGCUUAGUUUUAAAGUAGUUUAUCGUGACAAUAGUGUCAGAAAUAAGAUUACUGAGUCGUUGUUUUUAGAAAGUAGAGGAGAAAAGAAAAAAUCAAACAAAUGUAGGUAGGUCAUAAACAUCAGUCACUCCAAGCAUCAUUUAAACCCUGUGGUCUCAAACGUUGUUUCAGUUCUAUUCAGCACUGUGUUUUUCUGUUAUGAUAUUGAUGUUUCCAUCAACCCGCACACUUCAGUGUUCAUUUAUACUUGCAGUACAAGUGGCCCAUAAAAUCAAUGUGAUGAUGCAUUAUGUUGUCAAUGAUUUCAUAAAAGGCCUUUCAAGUGCUGGUGGAGCGCGUGGCUUGCUGUGACUGACGCUAAGUUGACCCAAGACCAAACACUUUGUUACUUGAAAUUUUGUAUGUACACCGACGUUCAUGUAAUAAAGCCCUCUGCGUUUGACUUUGA